UCAUACAUCUAUUUCACUCCCCACCUGCCUCUCUCUCUGAUCUAUCACUCCUCUUUCUCUCUCUAGAAUCGGAGAGCGCAUCCAUGGCUUCCACUUCUUCCCUUGCGCUCUCUCAAGCCCUCCUCUCUCGCGCCACCUCUCACCAUGUCUCCGACAAUCGCGUCUCCUUACCCACCUUCUCCGGCCUCAAACCCACCACCCCACGCGCCACCGCCUCCUCCUCCCGCCGACUCGCGGGUCGCGCGCCCCACCGGUCUCUCCUCCCGGUAAUCCGUGCCACCGCGGCGGAGACGAUCGACGCAACCACCGAGGCCUCGCUGGUGGAGAAGUCGAUCAACACAAUUAGGUUCCUGGCGAUCGACGCUGUGGAGAAGGCGAAGUCGGGUCACCCGGGUUUGCCCAUGGGUUGUGCUCCGAUGGGUCACGUUUUGUACGAUGAAGUCAUGAGGUACAACCCCAAGAACCCUUACUGGUUCAACCGUGAUCGCUUCGUUCUCUCCGCCGGACAUGGCUGUAUGUUGCAUUACGCAUUGCUUCACCUUGCUGGAUACGACAGCGUUAAGGAAGAAGAUUUGAAGAAUUUCCGACAAUGGGAAAGUAGGACACCUGGACACCCCGAGAACUUCGAGACUCCUGGAAUUGAAGUGACUACUGGUCCUCUUGGACAAGGUAUCGCAAAUGCUGUUGGUUUAGCUCUUGCUGAGAGGCAUUUGGCUGCUAGAUUCAACCAACCCGACAAUGAAAUCGUUGACCAUUACACAUACGUGAUCCUCGGAGAUGGUUGUCAGAUGGAGGGAAUUUCACAUGAAGCUUGCUCUCUGGCUGGCCACUGGGGACUUGGAAAGCUCAUUGCUUUGUACGACGACAAUCACAUUUCCAUUGACGGUGACACAGACAUUGCCUUUACCGAGAGUGUGGACCAACGGUUCGAAGCUCUUGGAUGGCAUGUUAUUUGGGUGAAGAAUGGAAACACUGGCUAUGAUGAGAUCCAUGCCGCCAUUAAGGAAGCUAAGACUGUGAAAGACAAGCCCACAUUGAUCAAGGUCACAACCACGAUUGGUUUUGGGUCUCCCAACAAGGCAAACUCGUACAGUGUCCACGGUAGUGCACUUGGUGAGAAGGAGGUCGGGGCUACCAGAAAGAACCUUGGAUGGCCCUAUGAGCCGUUCCAUGUCCCUGACGAUGUUAAAAGCCACUGGAGCCGUCAUACCCCUGAAGGCGCUGCUCUUGAAGCUGAUUGGAAUGCCAAGUUUGCAGAGUAUGAAAAGAAGUACCCUGACGAAGCUGCAGAGCUGAGAGCUAUCAUUACUGGUGAAUUACCUUCUGGUUGGGAGAAGGCACUCCCUACAUAUACCCCUGAGUCCCCAGCUGAUGCUACCCGAAACCUGUCUCAGCAAUGCCUAAAUGCCCUUGCGAGUGUCGUGCCUGGUUUCCUUGGUGGGAGUGCUGACCUUGCAUCUUCCAACAUGACAUUGCUCAAAACGUUUGGUAACUUCCAAAAGGAGACACCCGAAGAAAGAAACCUUAGGUUCGGUGUUAGGGAGCACGGGAUGGGAGCCAUCUGCAACGGCAUUGCCCUUCACAGCCCGGGUCUUAUCCCCUACAAUGCAACAUUCUUUGUGUUUACUGACUACAUGAGAGCUGCCAUGAGAAUCUCAGCUUUGUCUGAAGCUGGUGUGAUUUACGUUAUGACUCACGAUUCCAUUGGUCUCGGAGAGGAUGGACCGACCCACCAGCCAAUCGAGCACUUGGCGAGUUUCCGGGCAAUGCCUAACAUUCUGAUGUUCCGACCUGCUGAUGGAAACGAAACAGCCGGUGCAUACAAAAUCGCCGUCUCUAAACGCAAGAGACCCUCAGUGUUAGCCCUCUCUAGGCAAAAGCUGCCUCAACUUCCCGGCACAUCCGUUGAAGGUGUCGAGAAGGGUGCGUACACCAUCUCCGACAACUCAUCGGGUAACAAACCCGAUGCCAUCUUGAUUGGAACUGGGUCUGAACUAGAAAUCGCUGCUAAGGCAGCUGAUGAGCUCAGGAAAGAAGGCAAAGCUGUUAGGGUUGUGUCCUUUGUGUGCUGGGAGCUAUUUGAUGAGCAAUCAGAUGCAUACAAGGAAAGUGUUUUGCCAUCCGAUGUAUCGGCUAGGGUUAGCAUUGAAGCCGGGACAACGUUCGGGUGGGAAAAGAUUGUCGGGUCAAAGGGGAAGGCCAUUGGAAUUGACUCGUUCGGGGCCAGUGCACCAGCAGGGAGACUGUACAAGGAGUUUGGGAUCACUGUUGAUGCUGUUGUUGGAGCAGCUAAGGAACUGAUCUAAUGACCAUCUGUAGCUGCUAAGUUUAUUACAUUACAGGAGGAAGCUGUGCCAUCUCAGCAUUCUCCUCAGUUUUGAAUAAAAGGGCAAACUGUAGGGUUUUCCCUUUAGGGCAAAGCGAUGAGAGGAAGAAGUUUACACGUCAGUCAGUGUGAACUUCAUGAAGAAUAAAGAGUGGGUUUAUGGUCUUUUCGAGAGGGGAAGAUAUUGAAACAUUGUGAAAUUUGCGGUUUAAUAUUUUUUUUCGGUAACA